AUGAGGCCGUUUAUAAACCAAUUAUUCACAUCGAACUCCUUUGAUGUGAUCAGUGAUGAUGCUUUUAUUGGGCUUCCACAUCUAGAGUAUUUAUUCAUAGAAAACAACAACAUCAAGUCCAUUUCAAGACAUACUUUCCGGGGACUAAAGUCUUUAAUUCACCUGAGCCUCGCAAACAACAAUCUCCAGACACUCCCAAAAGAUAUUUUCAAAGGCCUGGAUUCUUUAACAAAUGUGGACCUGAGAGGGAAUUCAUUUAAUUGUGACUGUAAACUGAAGUGGCUAGUGGAAUGGCUGGGCCACACCAAUGCAACUGUUGAAGACAUCUACUGCGAAGGCCCCCCAGAAUACAAGAAGCGCAAAAUCAAUAGUCUCUCGCCCAAGGAUUUUGAUUGCAUCAUUACAGAAUUUGCAAAGUCUCAAGACCUGCCUUAUCAAUCACUGUCCAUAGAUACUUUUUCUUAUAUGAAUGAUGAGUAUGUAGUCAUUGCUCAGCCUUUUACUGGAAAGUGCAUUUUCCUUGAAUGGGACCAUGUAGAAAAGACCUUCCGAAAUUAUGACAACAUUACAGGCACGUCCACUGUAGUGUGCAAGCCUAUAGUCAUUGAAACUCAGCUCUAUGUUAUUGUGGCCCAGCUGUUUGGCGGCUCUCACAUCUAUAAGCGAGACAGUUUUGCAAAUAAAUUUAUAAAAAUCCAGGAUAUUGAAAUUCUCAAAAUCCGAAAACCCAAUGACAUUGAAACAUUCAAGAUUGAAAACAACUGGUACUUUGUUGUUGCUGACAGUUCAAAAGCUGGUUUUACUACCAUUUAUAAAUGGAAUGGAAAUGGAUUCUACUCCCAUCAAUCCUUACACGCGUGGUACAGGGACACUGAUGUGGAAUAUCUAGAAAUAGCCAGAACACCUCAGACACUCAGAACGCCUCAUUUAAUCCUGUCUAGUAGUUCCCAGCGUCCUGUAAUUUAUCAGUGGAACAAAGCAACACAAUUAUUCACUAACCAAACUGACAUCCCUAACAUGGAGGAUGUAUAUGCCGUUAAGCACUUCUCAGUGAAAGGUGACGUGUACAUUUGCUUGACAAGAUUCAUUGGUGAUUCCAAAGUAAUGAAAUGGGGAGGUUCCUCAUUUCAGGAUAUUCAGAGGAUGCCAUCACGAGGAUCCAUGGUGUUCCAGCCUCUUCAGAUAAAUAACUACCAAUAUGCAAUUCUUGGAAGUGAUUAUUCCUUUACGCAAGUGUAUAACUGGGAUGCAGAGAAAGCCAAAUUUGUGAAAUUUCAGGAAUUAAAUGUUCAGGCACCAAGAUCAUUCACGCAUGUGUCCAUUAAUAAGCGUAAUUUUCUUUUUGCUUCCAGUUUUAAGGGAAAUACACAGAUAUACAAACAUGUCAUAGUUGACUUAAGCGCAUGACACACCAAAUUCUUUGGCUGCCAUCAGAAACUUUCUACAGUACAUGAUCCGGAUGAACUCAAUGCAUGAUGACUCUUCUUAUCACACUUGCAAAUGAAUGCCUUUCAAACAUUGAGACUGCUAGAACCAAGCACUACCAGUAUCUCCAUCCUUAACUGUCCAGUCCAGUGAUGUAGGAAGUGACCUUUUAUAAGACAAAAUUGAAUUGUGUGACUGUUCUUUGCAGUGAAGAUGUGUAAAUAAGUGUUUAAUGGUAUCUGUUACUCCAAAAAGAAUUAUUAAUAUGUACUUUUCCAUUUAUUUAUUCAUGUGUUCAGAAACAACUGCCAAAUAAAAUGUUUACAUUUUCUUUCAUAUCCCAAAGGUAAUUAUUUACAGUUGUUUUAUUCUUGGUGACGGUACAUUGAAGAAAUAGUUUUAUACAAUAGGGUUAUGUUUAGAUGAAGAGCUUAUGGUGUGAAUAAGGAGUGAAGAUGAAACACUGAUAUUCAUUACCCAAGAUUUAGGAACAAGUUUAUCAACUGAUUUGGAACAUUCAAGGGUGUUUCCAAAGGUCAUGCUUUUAAGAACAUUUUGUGGUAAAAUGGUGACAAACUUAAAGCAGGGUAGAGAAAUUUGCUUAUUUCAAGAAGACUGAUUUGAAAUAAAUAGUAAGACCCAUCCUUUUCCUGACAGCUCUAGCUAAAAAAAUUCUUCAAAAAACUUAUAAAAGAAGCAAAAGUCAAGAUUUUCAAUUUUAAAAAGGCUAUUUAGGGACUUUCUAAGUGUCUGACCCUAGAAUCAUCUGAGAGCUAAUUGAGAUUGUAACCUUAUAGUACUUGCCUCAGAUUCACCCAAUAUGUAGGCCUCUUGAUCUGAUCACUUCUAGACAUCAGUUUGGAUGUUACUGACAUGCUGCAGAGUGCCCAGGAGGCUCAUAUUUGAUUUUCCAAAUUCCUACUCCUGGAUCACAUGGUUUGUUAGCACCUAGCACAGUGCCUAUGGUAGGCUAGGCCCUCAAAAACUGCUUUAGAAGACGCAUGUGUGUCCUCCUGUUAUAAUAAUAAACUUCCUAAGUCCCUUUGA